UCCUUCCUUCUGUACUCCUUCCUCUCUUUCCAGAAAUGGCUUUAGCUCUUACCUCGAUCCUUUGUUUUUGUCCCCGAGGCUGACUUCAUUUUUGUGAUAUUAUACAUGUACCUUGGAAGUUAACAAAGCUAACUUAAGAAGAAUGGAAGCAAGCCAACUGGAAGCCUCAAAUCUUUCUUCAAAAACUUGGCAACCUGAGGUGACGGUGUCAGUGACAGGCGAACCACCUAGUAUAGUAGUAGAAGAAGAAGAAACAGCUCCAGAAACAGACAUAGAAGUCAUCCCAGAAAUCAUAGAGGCACUCUCCAUUCUAGAUGUACUGAGGAUCUGUGCUGUUCUGGAAGAUACCACAGACCAGCUCUCUAUUCUAAACUAUAUCAUGCCAGUUCAGUAUGAAAGAAGACAAAGCACCAUGCUGGCGAUUGGUGGAGAAAGCGGCAGCUGUCCCAGUGGAGGCAACGAUGGGGCGGUCUCAGGGAGUCAGGACCAGCUGGAACGCAUCACCCCCUGGCGCUGCGGUGAUCACUCACCUUCCCUGCACUGCUGUGGCCAGCGGGGAACCAUGGCCCUGCUCUUCAUGCUUCUGUCCUUGGUGGCGGGUGUUUUGGGGAAUGAGUUUAGUAUAUUAAGAUCACCAGAGUAUGUUGUUUUCCGCAAUGGAAAUUGGUCUAUACCAGGAGAGCGAAUCCCAGACGUGGCUGCAUUAGCCAUGGGCUUCUCUGUGGAAGAAGAACUUUCUUGGCCUGGACUUGCUGUGGGUAACCUAUUCCAUCGUCCUCAAGCUACUGUUAUGGUGAUAGUGAAGGGAGUGGACAAACUCGCUCUACCCCCAGGCAGUGUCAUUUCCUACCCUUUGGAGAAUGCAGUUCCUUUUAGUCUUGACAGUGUUGCAAAUUCCAUUCAUUCCUUAUUUUCUCAAGAAACUCCUGUAGUUUUGCAGUUGGCUCCCAGUGAGGAAAGAGUGUAUAUGGUGGGGAAGGCCAACUCAGUUUUUGAAGAUCUUCCAGUAACCUUAGGACAGCUCCGCAAUCGCCUGUUUCAAAAAAACUCUGUUCUUAAUUCAUUUCCCCUCAAUUCUCUGAGUAGUAACAAUGAAGUUGAUCUGCUCUUUCUUUCUGAACUGCAAGUUCUGUGUGAUAUUUCAAGUUUGCUGUCUCGACAUAAGCAUCUAGUCAAGGAUCAUUCUCCUGAUCUAUAUUCACUGGAGCUUGCAGGUUUGGAUGAAAUUGGGAAACAUUACGGAGAAGAUUCUGAGCAAUUCAGAGAUGCUUCUAAGGUCCUUGUUGAUGCUCUGCAAAAGUUUGCAGAUGGCAUGUAUAGUCUUUAUGAUGGGAAUGCAGUGAUAGAGCUAGUGACUGUCAGAUCAUAUGACACAUCACUUGUGAGGAAGACAAGGACUAUCCUUGAGACAAAACAAGAGAAGAACCCAUCAAGUCCCUAUAACCUUGCAUAUAAGUAUAAUUUUGAGUAUGCAGUGGUUUUCAACAUGGUACUUUGGGUAACGAUCUCCUUGGCCUUGGCUGUGAUUAUCACCUCUUACAGUAUUUGGAACAUGGAUCCUGGAUAUGAUAGCAUCAUUUAUAGGAUGACAAACCAGAAGAUUCGAGUGGAUUGAACUUUCUUUAUGCCAAAAUUACAAAAGGGGUUUGGAAAUUGGCUGUUUUGUGAAAAUAGUGUAAUUUAAAGUAGAUAGUAUACUUUAAUUUUUUUUUUAAAAAAGCAAAUUUUGUUCUCUAUUUUGUGUGUACCUGUGAAGUUGUUUUAGAGUAAAGUAUAUUGACAUGAAUUGAUUUGUGUGAUAGAUUUUGUAAUAUGCUCAAAUAUUAAUUAUAAUUGCAUCCCAUUUAGUAUUUGAAUAUAAUACACUGAAAUAAAUGUAAAACAUUUAGAAUAGUUUGUGUAAUUUAUGUUGAGAAAAAGCACUGAAUUUAUUAGAGAAACUUUUAAAUGCUCAACGUCCUUACACAGGAUAGGUGAACAUCAUAUUUGGGUUGUUAUAUGCUAUGAGCAAUGGCUUAUUUUGAUGUUAAUAUUUCUGAAGCAAGAGAAAAGGUUUUAAACUUUAUAGCAGCCCUAAACUAUGAAAGUGCAUGUACAGUCACUGAGAUUUGGAACUGCAUCUGAUUGACAGAGAAUAGCUGUUUUUUAAGUUAUUCUGAAAGUUUGGUGAUCCACAUUUGGUGUAAUGUGGAUAUUAAAAAUACUACAGUGAUCUAAAAAGAAACUAGCUUUGUGGAGUUAUAAAUGCUUGUAAUUAUACACACAAAAACAUAUUGAGGGAACAUCUUGGGCCAUGAAUAUAGAGUCUUUUAGUUUGCUGGCCAGUGUGGCUCGGUUGCAGCAUGGUUUGGUACACCGAAAGAUUUCAGAUUCAAUUUCUGGUCAGGGCACAUACCCAGGUUACAGGUUCAAACCCCUGUUGGGGUGUGUGCAAUAGGCAGCCAGUCAAUGUUUCUUUCUUGAAUUGAUGUUCCUCUCUGUCUCCCGCUCCCUUCCUCUCUUUCUAAAAUCAAUAAGAAAGCAUAUCCUCAGUUGAGUAUUAAAAAAACAAAUGUUAAAAAUUUUUUUUUCAGUAACUGGUUUGUAUCAUUAUAGAAUAUUAAGUGGAAGUAGAUGCUCCCUACUUAUCAUGUGGAAGUGGACCAAUGUCUAUAAAGAGCAACAAAUAAAGUUAAUGAUUCCAAACA